AUGACUGAAGAACGACUUACUACUCUACCACCACAUGCUCCACCGACCGAAAACUCGAGAACCGGUGCAUAUUAUCCAACAUUUCAAGAUAUGAAAGCUGAUUCGAUAUCUAUUUUGGUAGAAACUUAUUGGAACAGUAAAGAUCCUAAUAAGAUAGUAUGGGAUUCGUCUAUUGUUGAAAAAAUCUAUAAUGAGGAAUUAGAAUCGAAAGGUUUUGAACCGAAAAAACUAAUGUUACUAGAGCUUAGCCAGUAUCUAGAAAAAUAUCUUUGGCCACAUUAUGAUUCACAAGCUUCACUUGCCCAUGUAUUAUCAAUUGUAUUGAUGGUCAAUGAAAAAUUUCGUGAACGAGUAGCUGUAUGGGAUUGUUUUAUGAAAAGUCCUGAACAAUUCUCGGGUUUUUUCAACCGUGUUCUCGAACUUGCUAUUCCUCCACUAGCAAAUACACUUUCUCUUAUAGUACGAAAAUAUAUAGUAUUAUUCUUAGUUCAUGUUUUUCAGAGUAUUGAGAAUCAAUUAAUCCGGGGAGAAUGUAUGAUAUUGGUCUCACUUGUAACAUGGCAUUGUUUUGGUACAGCGUCAUUGAGAGAGCAAGAAUUCGCAAAUAACAAAGAUUUGAAAAAGAUUUGGAAUGUAUUUGUGAAAAGAUUCAAGAAAGCAGAUGAACCACAAAAGAAAAAAAUGAUUUUCGAGAGGACAUGGCUAAGCAACUUCAUGAAAGCAUUUGUGGAAAUUUUAUAUACAAUACCCGAAACUGGAGAAUUAAAUUUUGAAGUCUUAGCUUAUCUUGAACGUUGUCUGGAAUUUUUCAUUGACCUUGAAGCUCAACUUCCAACAAGACGUUAUUUUAAUAAAUUAUUAGAAGACCAUCAGAUAUUGACGCUUUGUAAAUUUGCACCGAUUAUGAAACGUGAUAUGUCAAACGAACUCCUUUUCAAGCAACUUUUAGAUAUAUUAAAGUUCUACGCUGGAUUUGAAAUUGAUGAUCAUACUGGUUUAGCUUUGACAGAUAACCGAAUGACAGAGCUACAUUGUAAAAGAUUAACUGUUCUUCAGCGAAUCGCUUUUGAACAUUUUAAUAUCACAUUAAAAUCAUUGGCAUUAUCAAAUUUUGCUUCCAUUGAACGAAGGCCUGACUUACAAAGACAUUUUGAUGCAUUAACUCAUGAAGAAAUAAUAAGAUUAUGUGAAUUUUUAAAUAUUCGAACAAAUAAAUUGGUUGGUGGAGGACAUUACGAUAAAGAUUUUUUGGUGGAGAUGAGGUUAGUUUUCUGUGAAUUAAGAAAUUUUAACUUGUUUCGAUUGGAAACAACUUAUGAAAUUCGGCAAGAUAUUGAGGAUGUCGUGAAACGGCUGGCACCGAGAAUUUCUUACCUUUCGGGUAAAACUGAUUUCACUGGUUGGGCUCGUAUGGCAGUAGAAAUAGAGACAUUUAAUAUAGUAGAGGUUGGUAAACCGAAUAUUGGUGAAAGUAAACCAUCAAUAGUCAAGGCCGAUGUGACAUUUAAUGUUGGUCGCUAUACAGAAUCUAUUCGUAAUGAAUGGGAUUCUUUGAAACCACAUGACGUGUUGUUUUUAUUAGCAAUACAGGCUCAUGAUGAUACUGCUGAAAAAUAUAAAGAUGUUAUGCCAUUCAGACAACAUUUUGGUUUAAAGUAUGUUCGAGGCUGUGAAGUUAGCGAUAUAAUUGGUGACGAUGGGAAGCCAAUUGAUGAAGUUGGAAAACCACGUAUUGAUGAUAAGAAACCUAAAAUUUCCGGAAAUAUGAGGACAGUUCGUGUGAUUUUGGAUCCGAACCAAUAUAAAAUUGAUAUGAAUAGAUUUUCAAGUACCAGGGAUGAAGAUGUAUAUGAAACUUUUAAUGUCUUAAUGAGAAGGAAGCCAAAGGAAAACAAUUUCAAAGCUGUUCUUGAAACGAUUCGCGAUUUAAUGCAAAGUGAAUUGGUGGUACCAGAUUGGUUACAUAACAUAUUCUUGGGUUAUGGUCACCCUGGUAACGCUCAUUAUUCCAUGAUGCCAAAUCGACCGAAAGAAAUUGAUUUUCGAGAUACUUUUUUAAAUUACGAACAUUUGGUUGAAAGUUUUCCUGGCAAAGAUAUUUUACCAGCAGAAGGGUUUAAAGCACCCAUUCCACCACCUUACAUCCUACAAUUUUCUGAGAAUAUUCAAAUCUCAAAAAAGAGGAAAGUUGAUGAUUCUGAAAAUAUAAACCCUUCUCAGUCUAAUGUAAACCCAGAUCAGAUAUUGGUCAAAACAUAUAGUUUACCAAAUAUGGGACCUUAUCCAUUUAAUCAGCCUAAAAAAAAUGUCAUUAAAUUUACUCCCGUACAAGUGGAAGCUAUUAAAGCAGGAACCAACCCUGGUCUUACUAUGGUCGUCGGUCCUCCAGGUACCGGUAAAACAGACGUAGCUGUUCAGAUUAUUGCCAAUCUAUAUCAUAAUUUUACUGAUCAGCACACAUUAUUGGUUACGCAUAGUAACCAAGCUCUGAAUCAGUUAUUUGAGAAGAUUAUGGCUCUUGAUGUUGAUGAGAGACAUUUACUUAGAUUGGGUCAUGGUGAAGAGGAACUCAAUACAGAACUGAGUUUUAGCAAAUAUGGCAGAGUCAAUUCAUUUUUGGAAAAACGUCUAUCGUUGCUUUCGGAAGUAGAUCGUCUUGCCAAAUCAUUACAGAUUGGUGGUGAAUAUGGAUAUACAUGUGAAACUGCUGGAUAUUUUUAUUUGUAUCAUGUAUUGUCGAAAUGGGAGCCUUACAUUGAUAAAUGUAGGCAAGGAUUAAUAAAUAAGAAUUUCGAUGUAGAAAAAAUAAGGAAUGAGUUCCCUUUCACCGCAUAUUUUAAUGAUGCCCCCCAACCACUAUUCCCUGAAGAUGCAAGUUAUGAAGAUACCUUAGAAAUUGCCGAGGGGUGUUUCCGUCAUAUAGAAAAAGUAUUUACAGAACUUGAGGAGAUUCGUGGAUUCGAAUUACUUAGAACUAGUUAUGAUAGAGCUAAUUAUUUAUUAACGAAGGAAGCUAAAAUUAUUGCUAUGACUUGUACUCAUGCGGCGUUAAAACGGCGCGAAUUGGUUUCUUUAGGAUUUAAAUAUGAUAACGUAGUAAUGGAAGAGGCAGCACAAAUUUUGGAAGUCGAAACAUUCAUUCCUUUGUUAUUACAAGAAACUGAAGAUGGUCGAAGUAGAUUGAAAAGAGUGAUUAUGAUUGGUGAUCAUAAUCAAUUACCACCUGUAGUGAAAAACAUGGCUUUUCAAAAAUUUGGAAACAUGGAACAAAGUUUAUUCACUAGAUUUGUUAGACUUGGUGUUCCAACCAUUGAUCUAGAUGCUCAGGGACGUGCUAGGCCCUCUAUAGCGAAAUUAUAUAAUUGGCGUUACAAAAAUUUGGGUGAUUUGUCAUCAGUAAUUGAAAAGGAUGAAUAUAAAAAUGCUAACGCUGGUUUUAUAUACGAAUACCAAUUAAUAAAUGUUGAAGAAUUUAUGGGUAAAGGUGAAAGUGAGCCUGUUCCAUAUUUCUAUCAGAAUCUUGGAGAAGCAGAAUAUGUCGUUGCAGUAUAUCAAUAUAUGCGAUUGUUGGGUUAUCCAGCUGAAAAGAUUACAAUCCUAACAACUUAUAAUGGGCAGAAAGCUUUAAUAAGGGAUGUUUUGAGCCAACGAUGUUCAUGGAAUCCUUUAUUUGGUCGCCCAGCUAAAGUUACAACAGUUGAUAAGUUUCAAGGACAACAAAAUGAUUAUAUCCUUUUAUCUCUGGUUCGUACGAAAACUGUUGGGCAUAUACGAGACGUUAGACGUCUUAUUGUGGCUAUGUCUCGUGCUAGAUUGG